AUGGAGGAGAGGAAUGAGAUGGAAAAGAUUGAUGAUGUGAUGCCAGGAUUUCGUUUUCACCCCACUGAUGAAGAGCUUGUUGAUUUCUAUCUCAAGAGAAAAAUUCAGCAGAAGUCUCUUCCUAUUGAGCUGAUUAAGCAAGUGGAUAUUUACAAAUAUGAUCCAUGGGACCUUCCAAAAGAGCUGGCAGGUACUGGGGAGAAAGAGUGGUAUUUCUACUGUCCAAGGGACAGAAAAUACAGGAACAGUGCCCGUCCAAAUAGAGUCACAAGAGCUGGAUUUUGGAAGGCCACUGGAACUGACAGGCCUAUAUAUUCCUCUGAAGGGAAGUGCAUUGGUCUGAAGAAGUCUCUUGUGUUCUACAGAGGAAGAGCUGCCAAAGGGAUGAAAACUGAUUGGAUGAUGCAUGAGUUUAGGCUGCCUUGCAUAUCAGACUCAGCCCCUCCCAAAAAACUCCUUGACAAAAGCCUCCCUCCAAGUGAUUCAUGGGCAAUCUGUAGGAUAUUCAAGAAAACCAACUCCCUUUCCAUGGCACAGAAAGCUUUAUCUCAACCUUGGAUCUCUCAGUUACAAGGAAACAUAGUACCUGACAUGUUCACACAGGAUGCAACAAACCAUCACCUAGGAUCACCAGCCAUUCAAUUUUGUGGUGACAAGCAAGAGUUAUACCAAGUCUCCAAUAAUGACAUCAAUACCAACUUCUCAGCUUCAGAUAUUCCUCCCACUUACAAACCCAUCAACAACAGCACAGUUUCCAAGCCAUCACCACAAAUUCCUGUUUCUGAUGGAGACCUUGCUGACAACUUCAUAUUCUACACAGGAGACACCAAGGGAACACUUGAUGCCAGUUCCAUGCUUCCUCCCAACCCUGACUACAUAACAUUUGAAGAGCCAAACCAACAACAGUACAGUGGCUUCUCAAUCAAUCUACCUCAUUACAUGCAACAAAACAUGAGCACGGAAGCAGUAACAAAAGAACAUCAAGAUUGGGAAACAAUUGGGAGAACCACUGGAUUUCCUUUUACUUUGCUUCCCCCAUAUGAUGCAUGGAAGUCUUCUUCUGUGGCAUGGGACUCACCUCCUUGCCCCAGUGACAUGUCCACUACCUAUUCCACCAAUAAAUGCUACACUUGA